UUGAGUUUAAGUGGUCGAGUGGAAGACCACCACGACCGAGACCACGGCCACGACCACAAUACCUUACACCAAAUAAAUAAGAUGUGUAAAUAAAAAAUACAUGUCCGUUUUGUUUCUGCGUUCAGUGUUUUAUAUUGUCAAGGACCUAGCGUACGCGCGAUGGCUGUAGUUUAUUUUCUUCUGGUGUCUAUUGGUUGCUUUUUGUUGACAUUUUCGUUAGUGGACGCUGAUGAAGGACAGGAUGUUCUUGGGUGUUUUAUGGAGGACGACAGUCUUGGGUGUGUGAAGAAUCUAACGGACGCAAGUUUGGAUCAAAUUGAGUUGCAAGUUACUGGCAACAGAGACAACGUCACCUUCAGCCAAGUCAUCGAGAGGACAAGUGAUUUUGUGAUGGACCAAGUCAAUCAUUUUUUUGAUGACAAAGAUCCCGCUGAUACAAAUCGCGAGUCGAGAAAAAUAAAAAUCGGCAAGAAGAAGAAGAAACUCCUGCAUAAAUUGCUGCCAAUUUUCCACUUGUUUCAAGCGAAAAUAAGUCUUCUGCUGCAACUGGUGUCAACUCACUUUCAGUUCAAAUUUUUUGCAAUAGCCGUCAUAGGUCUGAUUAUUAAUUUCAUCCGGUUGUGGAUCGACAUAAAAAAAGGGCAUCAUCCGGCAAAGGUAAUUUAUUACGAGCACGCUCAGCACCAGCAUCAUUACGAGCCCGAGGAGGAGCCGAGUUACUGGAAAAAAAGAUCUCUGGACACGAAUAACCAGCUGGCAUUUAGUAGUUGGCCCAGACGCUAAGCGGUCUAGGUUUAGGUCUUAAUAAAUAAUCAUGCAUAUCAACGAUUUUUAUUGUUCCAGUCUGAAAAUUUAUAUUCUCAGCAGCUCUUUUACCGUUACUAAAAAAACCAAUGGAACUGAUGACGCUGAAAUAACUUAUUUAUUUAUUUUAUUGUUAAUGUUACUUAGUUUUUAAGUCAUGUAAAUUAUUUAUUGUACUUUAAUAAAAUUACGUAUUUAUUUAUUCGAA